AUGUCCAAAACAAAUCGUCUCGUAUCAUCAUCAUCCACUCCCGGUGAUUAUGAUUCAUUCAUCAAAGCGAAAGAACAAAAAGAACAAGUCUUAAAAUCGGGAUACAGUUCAUCCAAGAGAGCCAUGGAAUACUUUUUCGUCUUGCUCUACUUUUGUGUCAUUCUUCCAUGGAAUUUGUAUCAAAGUUUUGCACCUCUUUGGUUCAACCACAAUUCGAUCCAUUCUAAUAUCAAUUCCAUCAAUUCCAAUAUCAAUUCCAUCAAUUCCAAUGCUAAUCCCAAUUCCAAUCCCAAUUCCAAUGCUAAUAUCCAUCAUUCUAAUAUCCAUACCACUCCGCUCAAUACUCUCUUAUUGGACAUUUUAGGUGGAAUUGUCCUUGGAAUGAUUACCACUGAUUUUGUGAGUGGAAUUCUUCAUUGGAUUGCAGACACAUGGGGAUCAUUGGAAACUCCUCUCAUUGGUCAAACCUUUAUUCGUUCUUUUAGAGAACAUCAUGUUGCUCCAUCAGCCAUGUGUAAACAUGAUUUUAUUGAAACGAAUGGAGAUAAUUGUCUUGUUGCUACCGUAUUGGGUAUCAUUCCAAUUAUUUUCUUUAGACAUUCCAUGUUCAUGUCGUUUUACUUUACUGCAUUUGCUUUGUUGGGUGCAUUUACCAAUCAAAUACACAAAUGGUCUCAUCAAUAUCAAGUUCCACCCAUUGUCAAGUUUUUACAAUCGAGUGGAAUUAUUUUGAGUAGAACAAGUCAUAAUUUCCAUCACAAAUCUCCUUUUGAUACUUAUUAUUGUAUUACUACUGGAUGGUUGAAUUAUCCAUUGCAUGUCAUGAAUUUUUGGAGAAGUAGUGAAAAGUUAGUGACUUGGUUGACUGGUUAUCUUCCACGUUCCGAUGAUAUGAAAUGGACAAGUCAUUUAAAGUAUUUGGAAACUACUCUGAAGGAUCAUGAUGGUGGUGAGGAUGAAGCAAGUCAUGAUCAAGUGGAUACGAUCAAAAAGAAGAAUUAA